GUAACAGUAACAGUGGGUGAGAACAAGUGUCAUGUUGUGGUCGGGGGCGCCUAUCGCGGGGUUUUUCGAAUACCCGACAAAAACAACACAAAAUAAAAACUUGGCCCACACCGAUAUGUCAUUUUGAACGGAACGAACUUGCUGGCAUCUGGAUCGCAUAUACCGUCUACUCCACUCUACUCCCCUCCGCCGUGUCUUUGUCGUCGUUAUUAUCACAAAUCACAAAUAAAUAGGUGUUUGUUUUUUUUUUCGAGUGUGUUUUUGUGCUUCAACUGUUUUUCCGCCUGUUGACAAUAUUCGUAGUGCACUUUUUUUGAGUGAUUUUCUUGUUGUUGCAUAAAAUAACAGCAGCAACAACACAACCUUUAACAGAAGACGAAACGAAGCUUUAACAGAAGCAGCAACACCAACGGUUAACCGAAGACCAGAGCACCUGCUCUCGCUCGCUCUCCCACACACACUUAGCCAUGCCACAAACCAAAUCUCCGACAGCGCAUCGCCUACCUCUACAGCUGUCGCUGCUGCUGUUGAUCGUCAGCGGUGCUGCUGGCGUCUCUGUCGCGUCCUCGGCCAAUCUGCAGCCCUCGCCACGCUUUUUCUAUGCUGCGACGGCGGCGGCCACCCCACCAUCAGAUGCCGCCUCACAGACAAAGGUGCGUCUGCUGCGGCAGACAAACGUCGCAGCAGUACCCGAGGAUGAGGGAAGCUGUUGCCAGGGGGCAGCCGCCGAUGCUGGAACACCUGUAACGCUGCCAUUGGAACUUGCAACGGACUUGAGCAAUAUCACCGCCGACUACGAUGUCUCUGGCGAAAUAUCCUCCAAGGAAAACUUCAAACGCAGCGUCACCAGAUCUGCCAUACGGAAUGCCCAGCCGGCGAUCUGCUCGCCUCAGCCGACCAUUGUGGAGCUGAAACCGCCCAGCGAUGAGGCGGGGAAUUUCAAUGUCUACUAUACGCCUGCAUGCACGCGUAUUAAUCGCUGCAAUGGCUGCUGCGGCUCCACAUUGAUCUCCUGCCAGCCCACGCAGACGGAGAAGGUGCAGAUGCGUGUGCGGAAAUUCGAACGUGGCGGCACAGCCAAGCGCAGCUCGGAAAUCAUUGUGGUCGAACAGCAUUUGGCGUGCCGCUGCGAUUGCCGCAUCAAGGCCGAGGACUGCAAUGCGUAUCAGCUGUACAGGAGAGAAUUGUGCCGCUGCGAGUGCCAGAACACGGACGCCAGGGACAAGUGCUUGGAGCAGGCCGACAGCAAGUAUUGGGACGAUGCAAAUUGUACCUGUGCCUGCCGCUACAAUCAGAGCUGCACCACCGGCACCGUUUUCGAUGAGACGCAAUGCAAAUGCACCGAUCCAUCGGCCCCCAUUAAUGUGGUGGAUCGCAAGCGUUUCAUUGUCCAGGCAGUGGAGGUAGAGCCCGACAACACCACUCUCUAUCAUGUGUAAGAGCGCUGAGGAGGAAACGAGGAAAAGAAGGACCAGUGGGAGGAGCACCAGCUGGGACUACAACCUGGAAUGGCGAGAGAUUGUACUGAGAAACCCACAAAAUACACAAUGAUUGCACUAAGCUUAACUGCACACGUACUUUAUAUAUUAUUUAUAGUUAUCGAUCUAGACCUAGUCUAUUACAACAACCCACACACUUCACACACAUUCCGCCCCCGUGCCACCGUACCCCCGUACCCCCGUAUUCAGUAUUCAGUAUUCUGUCUGUUGUUCCCUCAUUUUGUGCGUGCAGCCUAAUUAUUCUUUUUUUUUUAUUGAUUUGUUAGCUAACUUUUUAGGCACCUGUUUCCAUGUUUAAGUUUUAUAUUUGGCAAUAUCACCACAGAAAUUUCACUUUUGCCGCACAUCUCCCAUAAUUGUGUGUAGAUUUUUGUUUUGUAUAAUUUGUAUGCAAAUUUUGUAGCUUUAAGUCGAGCCAUUCCAAGAACACGAUGCAAGAGAAUAUACAAAGAUUAUUGAAAUAAUA